CAAGAGAACUUUCAAGCUUCCAAAACUAAGGGAGUCAUUCUAGUUCCACAAGACUCAUUCUUCCCUCCAGCUCCAUGAUGUCGAGUCGGGUGGUGCAGGUGCAGCCGGUGAGCAGGGUGCAGGAGUCUGGAGAGUGGAGCACGGGCCUGUGUGAAUGUUACAAGGACAUGGGCGACUGUUGCUGUGCUCUGUGCUGCCUCCCGGUGUUCACCUGCAGGGUGACACGUGCUCUGGGGGUGUGUCCCUGUCUGCCGCUGCUCGACUGUCUGGGCUGUGUCCCCCCCGCCUCCCUGGCCAUGAGGGCGUCUGUCCGGGAGAGAUACGGCAUCAAGGGAAGUGUGUGGAGUGACUGUGUUCUGGGCUGCUGUUGUUACCCUCUCUCCUGGCUCCAGAUCUCCAGAGAGCUGAAGAGGAGAACGGCCGCCCACUCUUCCACCUCUUCCUCCACCUCUUCCUCCUCGUCUUCGCCAACCACGGUCAGGUACACCGCCCUUCGCAGCCUGCAGGGGGCGCACUUGGUCUAAGACUGCGGGCCGAAAGAGCGAAGAGGCCAAAGGGAUCACGUAUAUCACAAAAAUCUCGAUAUUGCGAUGCUGUUUG